CGUCAGACAGGAAGUAACUUCUAGCAGUCUGUUACGAGACGUGAGAUGGCAUAAAGCGAGAUUGAAAUUGAUAACAUGAAACUGCGUGUUCGAGUCUACAACCAGACGAUAAGAGUGGAGCUGCAGGGAGAGCAGCCCACUUUGACAGAGCUCAGAGAUCACAUCAAGGAGAUCGUGCUUCCCUCCCAUGGCCUCAGCCCAGACACAGACUUCACCCUGUCACUUAAUGGCAUAGAGCCCCUUUCAAAUGAUGAGCAGCCUCUCUCCACUUUUGGCGUUGUUUCUGGAGAUUUAAUCUGCAUGAUCCUUCCUCAGUCUUCAACUGUGUCCCCAGCUUCUGUUUCACCUCCACAUCAGGCCACGAAGUGCAGCUCUGGUAGUGGUGCAGCCUGCCUGUGGGAACAGCCGAACAGCACUAGACACACACCUCCCACACUUUCCAAUGAGGCUGGGACUAGUAGCCUCAUGGCAGCAAGGUACACAGAAGAUAAGGAGGAGGAGAGCAGAGAGGAGGACACUGGAGCCAGACCCUACAUUUCUGAGCCCAUGUUGUGCAGUGAGGCAGAGGAAGGAAGGGUGCCACUGUCCCUGGACGUCCUGCACCACAGUGCUCAGAGCAGAGGUCCCAGUGACUCGCUCAUGGUGGCCAUGCACCUCGUGAUGCUGGAGACAGGAUUCAUACCUCAGGGGACUGAGAUCAAGCCUGGUGAAAUGCCGAGUGGCUGGAGGGCAGCAGGGGGGGUGUACAAACUGCAGUACACACAUCCCCUCUGUGACAGCAGCCUCAUCAUGGUGGUAGCUGUGUCCAUGGGACCCAUGCUUGUCAUUAAUGCCACUCUGAAGCUGAACGAGACGGUGGACAAAAUGCACAAACUUUCUCUUGACCCAUGCAGCUACAUAACCGAGGAGUGGGCAGGGGACAGUGCUGCUACCGUUUUUAAAGAUCUCAGCAAGCUGUCACGAACAUUUAAAGACCAGCUGGCGUACCCGCUGAUCACUGCAGCCAGAGAAGCUAUGGCUCUGCCGGCAGCGUUUGGUCUCUGCGCCCUCCCCCCCGAGCUCCUCCUGAGGGUGUUAAGGCUGCUGGAUGUCCGUUCCCUGGUGACGCUGUCCUCAGUCAACAAACAGUUCUACAGCGCCACAGAGGACUCCUCUCUGUGGAGACACAUGUACCACCGAGACUUCAGGGAUCAAGAUCCCACCAGACCCCGAGAAACAGACUGGAAAGAGCUCUACAAGAGGAAGUACAAGUUACGCAACGACUACCGGCACACAGCCCAUCGUUACUUGGCUCCAUUCAUUUUCCCCGACCCCCCUAAUAUUCUCAUCCCUGAUCCCUUCCCCCUAUACCCCCCAGGCAUUAUUGGUGGGGAGUAUGACCAAAGACCUAAUAUCCCCCAUGGCAUCUUGCCUCGCCCACGCUACGACCCCAUUGGUCCACUUCCAGGUCAGAACCCACUGGGAAGGGGUGUUUUUGGACGGCAUGGACUCAGACCUGCAGGCAGUAGACCUGCAGAUAUCCGCCGGGGCUUCAUCUGAUGUGAAUGCUGAAGAUUGUUUUCAACGCCACAUUUGACCCAUUGAAUCAGCAAUAAUUCAGGGCAAUAAAUAUGCAAAUCACAUUGGUGUUCUACUCUCUGCACAUAAAGUCUUACUAUCAUAGAAAUGGCGUGCACUCUGGCUUUGAUAUGAUUACUAGUAUUGCUCCCCCUUAAGUCAUCAUGGCUAGAAGCAUCCGCUACAUGUUGGCAAGUGUUGCUCGGAUACUGGGUCAGACUUGUCCUGGGUGAGUUCAUGUACCAAGGACAAGUGUCUUGAUGCCUGCUCAAUAGUCCAGGUAAGAAUGUCACAGAAAGCUGAAUCAGUUCAUCUGGACACAACGCUUACUGGGAGAAAUGUUUCAUCAUCAUCUAAUGCCCCUUUCCACCACAUGGUACCGGCUCAGCUCGACUCAGCUUUUUCGUUUUCCAUUACUGGGAAGUACCGGCAUUUUGGUAACAGUUACCACUUUUCUGGUACCACCCUUGUCGAGGUUCCAAGAAAACUGGAGCGGGUACCAAAAUCAAUGCAGACCAGCUACACUGAGGGGUACUGUUACGGUGAUGGAAAACCACACUCUGCCAGUCGAGUCGAGUUGAGCCGGUACCAUGUGGUGGAAAAGGGGCAUCAGUGACCUCUUCAGUCUGACCUGACUGCAGGUAUCCCCACCCUUAUAAACAAUACAGUGACUGCAGUACCCCCACCCUUAUAAACAAUAUUAUAGAGUGUGGGACUGUUUUGAUACCAGUGUCAUGUUGUUUUCGGUCAUUUAAAUUACAUUUUGAACAAACAUCUCAUAAGAUGUAACAUUUCCUGUAUUUUCCAUUAAGUGCAUUACAGACUAUGUUCCUUUCUCAGGCCCAUUUUUAUAAAACAAGGAUUUAUUUCUAAAUACCACAGUGGAGUGGUAUGGGGACUAACAUUGUGCUCGUAGAUCAUUUUCCAGUACAGUACUAUCUGUUCAUGACACACUGAUCAUUUGAUAGGGAGUUUAAGGUCAUAAUCACAUUAAAAAGAAGGUUGGUGCCUCCAAGCUUCAUAAAAAUCUGGCUUGGGAUAUGGAACCAUAAGCUGUUUUCAUUUUUCAUAAAGGAUCUCAACCAAUUUAUUUUGAUAGUACCAUCAAUACAUUCAAUGUCAUGGCUUUAGCCCUCCUUCCUCAAAACCUUUAACUGUAACUCCUUUUCUAAUAUAGUGUAUUUUCUUUUCCAGAUAUAAUUAAAGUUGACCUGGUU